CCAUCUUUCAGCAGAAAACAAUAGAUGGAUGGAUAGAAAAUUUUGGAAUACACUGCGACCACUGUCAUCGUGUGGUUAGUGCUUCUCAAUUUGAAGCCCAUGCUGGCUGUGCACACAGGCGCAAACCGUACCAUAACACAUAUACCUAUUAUGGGAAAUCACUUCAUCAAAUAGCACUUGAACUAUCAGGGGGCCGAAAUAAACAAAGUGAUACACUCUGUCAGAUGUGUAAAACAAGUGGCAUUCUUGUUGAAUGUGAUCGUUGUCCAAGGGCAUACCACAAGGAAUGUGCUGGAUUGUCAAGCAUUCCAGAGUCCUGGCUGUGUCCUUUUUGUUGUAAAAUGUAUAAGAGAGAAAAGCCUAGGCGAGUUCAGAUGAUCAAAACUUCAAAGACUAAACUCAGUAGCUGCGUGCUUUGCAGGUCUACAGAUUUCUUGAAGUCAGGAUUUGGUCCGCGCACUGUGAUGCUGUGUGAUCAGUGCGACAAGGAAUAUCACAUUGGAUGCUUGAAAGACAACAACAUGUGUGAUUUAAAGGAAUUGCCGAAUGGUGACUGGUUCUGCAGCAAUGAUUGUAAAAGGAUUAAUACUGCUUUAAAAGAGUUAGAUCUUCAUGAACCAGAACCUCUUCCUGACCUAGUUUCGGAUUUGAUCAAGAACAAGUGCGAAGAGAAGGGCCUUCACAUGGAUGCAAACACUGAUUUAAGAUGGAAACUUAUCCAAGGCAAAUCUUCUGCUGCUAAAAAAUCAAUUCUUUCCAGGAUAGUCUCCAUGUUUCAUGAAUCUUUUAAACCAAUCAAAGACGAUGCAACAGGUGGAGACCUAAUCAAGGCCAUGGUUUAUGGAAGAAAAAUCGGAAGUCAUGAUUUUCAUGGAAUGCAGUGUGCUGUGCUGACUGUCAAUUCAUUUGUUGUAUCGGCGGCACUUCUUCGAGUAUUGGGCUGCGAAGCAGUUGAAAUGCCCUUGGCUGCUACAUACAAGCAGGACCAGGGGAUGGGCUACUUCCGAUCGCUGUUUUGGUGCAUUCUGAGAAUGCUAUCGAAUCUGGGAGUCAAGCAUUUUGUGCUUCCAGCAGCGAAGGACGCCGAAUCCUACUGGAGGAACGUGUUUGGCUUUGAGAAACUAUCACGAGAGAAGCAACUGAAGUGCGCCAAGGAUCUGUACCUGACGGUCUUUGAGGGCACAUCACUGCUAUACAAGCCAAUUCCAGCACCUCAGGCCUUCGCAGAAGGAAGCAGAAGAAGCUGAACUCACUCUUCUGCUUAAGUGCUUAAGAACUGCAAUGCUCCAGACUUGCUAUCCAUCAAAGUCUCUGUGGCUUUGAGGGACAAUGAGUGGAAUAAUAAGUUUUCUUUUGGGUCAAUAAAGGAACAAGGUCUAUUCUUGUCUGUCUUGUUUCUGUUAAAGGGAGGUAUGGGUAUCUGUAAUGGCUUUUGGCUUGUAGUUUUAUAACCUGGGUGACUCUCUUUUCUUGACCA